AUGGCCAUUAUUUGUUUAUUGAUCGUAAUUGUUUCUGCUCUUAUGACAAAUUUACAUGGAUUACCAAUACCAACGAAUUUGUCGAGAAGACAAAGAAGUUUCGAAGAAAUUGGCUUCUAUCAUGAACAAUCACGAUCAGAUCGCGAUGAUUACGUUAGAAUCAUUUGGGAGAAUAUCGAACCAGGUAUGGAAUACAACUUCUACAAAGCUGAUACCAGUGAUGCGGAUAAUUUGAAUACACCUUAUGAUUUUAGCUCAAUAAUGCACUAUGGUAGAAAAUAUUUUAGUGUAAAUGGUGCCGAUACUCUAGAGGCACUUAACUCGAGUAUCGCAUUUGGACAACGUGUCACUUUAAGUUCAUACGAUAUCCAAGCAAUUCAAACUUUUUAUGGUUGUUCAGAGCCUAUAACUAUAUCAACUACCACCACUACUACAACUGCAACAAAAACUACUACAACUACAACAAAAACUACUACAACAAUUACUACUACAGAAACUACCACUACAACUACAACAAAAACUACUACAACAAUUACUACUACAGAAACUACCACUACAACUACAACAGAAACUACUACAACAACCACAACAGAAACCACCACUACAACUACAACACAAACUACUACUACAACUGUUACAGAAAUCACUACAACAACCACAAUAGAAACUACUUUGGAAACCACCACUACAACUACAACAGAAACUACUACUACAACUACUACAGAAACAACCACUGCUAAGAGAUCCAAUAUUCACACACCUAGGACUAAAGCAUUUACUAUGAAGAAACUUAGAAAGGAUUGA